AGGUGAAGGAUGCUGGCCGCGAGGCCGGGGGCGCGCAGCGCGGGCGCAGGUCUGGGCCCCGAGUCCUCGGAACCCCGCGACAGAGCUCGCCUCGGCCCUCGGGGGAGCGGCGGGGGUCACCGGCUUGGCGCCUACCUCGACAUGAAAACCUAUCUGGAGAAAAAUUUAGAAGAAGAACGCCAAAUAUUAUUGCAGCAACAAAAAAUAUGCCGAAAUCGAGCACGCAAAUAUUUUGUGGAAUCAAAUCGGAGAAAAAAAGUUUUCGAAGAGAAACAAAAAGAACAAGAAGAAAGAGAACACCAAAUCAGAGAACAAAUACUUCAACAAAGGAAACAGGAGUUUCUAAAGGUUACUGAAAAAUUCCAGCGUGCCCAUAUUCCUCUUUCACAGCGGAAGAGAGCAGCUUUUCAAAAACCAGUUCCUCCAUUAGAAGAGGCACUCAGGCAAAUUCAGGAAUCCAACUCAAAAUCAGAAGUAAAUCUUCCCUCUUCCCACAGACCAACAAUAAGCUGGAGAGCUAUAGAUAAUGCCUUGCCUUCAUCAUUGCCAAAAAAUGAUCACAAGCAUCAGAAACAUCUUUUAUCCAAAAUCAAUUGUGUUAAAGAAAUGAAGGAAAACAGCAGGACAAACUUGGCUACUAACAAAGAUGUAUUCCAGCUUAAACUGGAGGAAACUCAGAAACUCCUAGAAGAUCAGCAUCUAAGCACUUUGCAAAAGUUUUGUGAUGAAGUUAAGCAGAUAACAAAUUAUGAAGCCCUCUCAAGUAUAGACAGUCUUGAGGCUGGGGAACAUGAAGAAAUAUAUUUAACACUUAAGGAGCAUUACACAUCAAUUCAUCAGAAUUCUGUUUCCCUCAGAUCAGCAAAUCUGCAAUCAACUAAUGUGAGCUGCUUUGAUGAAGAUAAACUGUCAUUCUCUAAAACUCAACAUAUAAAUAAUUGGCUUAUAAAUUUAGAUGAUCCAAAUAAUAACACUGUCACACCUUUCUCAGAUAUUCUAAGUAAACCUAAUGUUGUACCUUCAUGUGAAUGUUUAACUAGUAAAGAACAAAAUCCAUCUGUUCCAAGUGAAACUGUGGAAAGAGCCACAAAUACUACUAAUAAUUCAGUAGCCUUUGUUUAUAGCCAGCCCACUCUUGUACAAGAUAAGAAAAGCAAAAAGACCCCUGAAACUGGCACUAUGGAAACAACUGACUCCUUUUCUGGGGCAUUCAAAGGGGAGAAACCACUAGUUACCGAGAGCCAAACCCUUAAAUUCAGCAAAGCCUGGACCACUCCAGAUUCUCUAACCCAGGAAAUGGCUACAUUUUCAGACCAAGAGAAAUACUCUAAAUUAACUCAAGAAAAUAGAACAGCUUCAGUUCCUGCUACCUUACUUGUACCUGCGGCAACACCUUUAGUUUUUACACCUAAUACACAAUCAGCUAGGCCGUUACCCAAAAACAAUAUACAUAUAAAAGAAAUAGACCCAGUGCAGUGUACUGAUCAGUUAGGGGAAUUGAAAGAGGUUAAAGAUGAAAAGGUAAAAUAUUUUAAUUGUAGUAAGGCGAAUUUUCUUUUAUUUUCAGAUGAUUUUCAAGCUCCCUAUAUACCUCACAACUCUGAUUCAAAAGAUAAAAAACAAAAAAUAGCUGAAACAUCAAUACCAUUGUCUAAUGUAAUUUCUGAUUGUGACUUAGUUGGUCAGCACAAGAAAAUAAAAUAUAACAUCCAUGAGAGAAAUGGUGUGAGGUUUCUUAAAAGUAUUUUAAAGAAGGAAUCUAAAUACGAACAUGACUGUUUUAAGGCACUAGUUAUAAACCAAGGCUUUAAGUUAGGAACUCAAAAAGCAACAGCUAUCAGAGAUAGUAUUGAAUUAACAAAAGAAAAAGGAAAAGGUGCCAAAAUUCCAAAGACUCUUAAAAAACUGAGGUGGUUUGAUGAAACUGGAGAUACAAAAAAAAAUACUGAAGAUAAUUAUUCACUGAAGAAUAGAAUAGAAAUAUCCCAACAGUGGUCUCAACCAUUCCACAUUCAAACUAAAAGUAGUAUUACCAGCAACAUAAUUAGUGUUCCUGCUUGUGCUGUAAAUUCUGCUGAUAGAAAAGAGCCCAAGGAUGAUUCCAUCUCUGCAAAUGUCACUACUUUAGGAGGACCUAGAACAGACCAUGUGCUUUUGAAUUGUUUUAUACCUUCAAGUGAUAACAUUGCUAAACAAGCCUGGCCAAGCUCAGAAAAAGAGGAAAAUAAAUCUCCUCUACAGAGCAGUGAUUCUAAAAUUCAGAAGGCUAAUUCAGAAAGAGGUGGCACAAAAGUAAUUAGAAGAACAAGAUCUGCUAAAGUCCAAUCAGGCUUUUUAUACACAAAUAGAAAAGGCACUGUUAUUCGACCACAGUCUGCAAGCAAAGCCAACACAUUUUUACAAGCUCAGAGUAAACUAAUUGUACCUCAUCCUCCACCUAAGUAUCCAUCAAAUAUUAGGAAUGGUAAAAAUAUACACGUGGCUAAAUAUCAGUCAGUAAUGCCUGAAAAUUCUCAAAACAUGACACAGGACUAUUUUAAUUCAAGUCAUUUGCUUCCAGUAGAACACAGGUUGAUCCAGCAAAAUCAAGAGAGUAGUUUUCCACUCUCAGAUAUUUGUUCUGACUUAGUCACUGAGAUAACUUCUCUACCAUAUUGUGCUUCUGAGUGCCAAACUUUAGCAAAAAUAAAUCAUUCAAAUGGCAUUCAAAAGGUUGCCCAGCAACAUGGGACAUUAUAUUACACCCAAAGAAGUCCUGUUUAUGAAGAAAAUAAUCAGUCUGUGACACUUAGAACUACUGAAGAAGAAUCUGUUCCCCUGUGGAAAAGACUGCCGCACAAUAUUCUGAGUCAAAAUGAAAAGGCUCCUGGAAGUAUUAAAAAUACUUUCAAGGAAUCAAAAAUGUGAUUACUGGAAAAGACCAAAGAUAAUUGAGUUUAACUCCCAUAUUUUAUGGAUGAGGAAAUUGACAAACAUAAUAUGAAAUUAUAUAGGCCCAAGAUGACAUGACUAGUUAAAAACCAAACCAGGAUUUUGUAUUAUAGCUCCAGAGUUCUUACCUUAGAAUAAAUCUAGUUUUCAUGAGAUCAGAAAUUUAAUCAGAGACACUAAAGCAAAUUAUUCUAAGUAAAAAUUAGAUAGCAUUUACUAUGUGCCAAUCACUAUUUUAAGCACUUUACAUAUGGAAACAAAUCUAAUUCUCCCCAUUAACUGUGUGAGGUAAAUAGUAUUAUUCCCAUUUUAUAAAUGAGGAAACUGAGGCAGACAGAAUAUUAAUAACUUAUCUAAGUCACACAGCUAGUAUAAAUGGCAUGACAGGAUUAAAAUGCAAGCAUUCUGUAUCUAGCAUCUGUGCUCUUAACUACUUUGCCAUUAUGCUUGUUUAAAAAAAAAACUCUGUGAGGGGAUGGAGGUGUUAUCAUUUUGCAAUAGAUAUGUGUAUUGAAUGAUCAAAUUGUACACCUUAAACUUACAUAUGUUAUAUAUCAAUGAUAUCUCAAAAGAGAUGGAAAAUGUAAAUUAAAUUUGAAAACUCUGAAUAAUCACAAUUUUUUAAUGAUAUACAUUUUAAAAGAAGUACAAUGAUCUAUACUAGUUUGUGGAAGGCACAUAGUAACAAAGGAAGUCAUUAAUAAAAUGGAGAAUGGAGUUAAGAUUCAAAAUCAUCUUUACUAACUGAAAUAAUAAACCAAAACUAAUAAAUUUCCAUUUAGCAGAAAUAACUGUAAAGUCUUGUAUUUGCAUUGUUUAUUUUCAUAAGUUUUCCAUUGUGAAAUAUCUUACAUAGUAAAGAAUGUAUAUAAUAUAUAAGAACAAGUUGAAGACUAAUAAUAAAUAAUAAAAGAAGAAUCCUGUGCCCACCACUCAGUUUUAGAAAUAGAAAAUUACUGACAAAAUGUCCCUCCUCAAUUACAUCCCCUUUCUUUCUUAUAAAAAUGACCAUAUAUGGAAUUCUAUUAAUUAUUCCAUGCUUUUCUUUAUAAUUUUGCUUCAUGUUAAUGUAUCUCAGUAUAUUAUUUAGUUUUGCCAAGUUUUGUAACUUACAUAAUUGGACCCAUUUCAUCUAUGUUCUUCCAUGAUUUGCUUUGGAGAAAAGCAGUCAGUUUUGAUUUUUAGAUUCAUUGUUACUGAUUGAUUCAACUGUAUUUCAUUGUUGCAUAGAAAACAGUAUAGAAAUUUUAUUGCUGCCCAAAUGAUCUCCCUAGAAACUAUAACAUUUGGCAUAUGUAUACUUUAGCAUAUUUAGCAUAUCCAUAUGGGUGGGAAUAAAUAUAAUAGAGUGAUUUUAAACUAUAGGUCAUGACUCAGCAAAUUAUGAAAUUAAUGAGUGGUGAUCAGAAUUUUUUUAAUGAAAGUUCAUUACUGUAUUACAUUCCAUUAUAUGAAUGUACAAAAGUUUUUCUUUGUUAUAUCACUGGAUAUUUGGGUCACUUCUAGUUUCUUGCUUUAAUGAAUAAUACUUCUAGAAACAGCUCUGUAUGUCUAUCAGUUCACAUGUUGCUGGGUCAUAGGGUAUGUGUACUUUUACCUUUACUAGGUGAUGCCAAAUUAUUUUCCAGAGCAAUCUAUGAAAGCCCCUUUAUUACAUUGUCAUCAAAACUGACAGUCAUAAUUUUUAGUGUUUUCAGUCUUAUGCGUGAGAAAGAGUAUCUAAUUAUAAUAAUUUGCAUUGAUCUGAUAACUAAUGACUUAAGCAUUUUUUAUAUGUUUAUUCACUAUUUGCAUUUUCUCUUCUGUGGAGUGUCUGCUCUUUGUUUUUCUCUUUCCUUAUUGAUAGAAAUUGAUUAUAUAUUCUAGGACUGUAUAUCAGUUAUCAGUUAUAUGUGUUGCAAUUAUCUUCUGCCAGUUUGUGAUUUAUAGUUUCGUUCUUCUUGAGGAGUAAAAGUUCAUUUGGAUGUGGUCUUUUCCUUUGCAACUUGCUUGUAUGUGCUUAGUAUUUUUUUAAUUUUAUGAUUCCAAGAAGAAAGUUAUCUGUCUUGCCAACUUUUCUUUAAAGAAUUGUGGAGAAGAAAUCUACACAAAACUAAACCAGACGUAAAUGAAGGGGUAAAAAUUGUAUGGAUGUUUUCAGCUCAGCAUAAAGAAGGAUUUGAGCUAAAACCACUGAGAGUAGAAGAGGAUCCCCCAUGGGGUAGUGGCUCCCCAUCACUGUACCAUUCAAGCAGAGGUUAAAUGUCCACCUGUUUGUAAUUUAUAACUAAAAGAAUAGUUAACAUCUAAGAUCUCUUCAAAAGCUAUCAUUCUGUGAGUCUCCAAAAUGUUCCCUUACAUUUAUAAUUAGGAGUACUAUGGAUUUUUUAAUAUAAUUUAUUAAGGAUUAGUAGCUUUAUUUUGAGUUUUUGUAGUAAACUUAUCAACUCUGUAAUUUUCAUGAGACUAGAAUUUGGCCAGAGAUGCCAGUGCAAACUACAUUAUUUUUGCAAAAAUAGCAAGGUUCUCAGCCAUUAUAUAAUUAGAUAAUAUUUAAGAACAUGUAUGUGAAUGGAACAAUACAUAAACAGUUUUAAGCAUAUACUGUAUCUGUUUCUGGGAUCAGUAAUCUACAAUCCACAAAACAACAUCUACACAAAGAAUAAUAAAACACAAAAACAAAUAACUAUGCAUCAAAUCAAGAAAGUACUAAAGUGUUGGUAGAUCUUCCCUCCAGAAGAUUUAUGAACAAGCUGAAGGAAGGGGAAAAUCUGGACACAACAGUCAUGUGGCCAAGGAUAUUUUCAUUUAAGGUAUUUUUAAAGCUCUUACAGUGAAAAGAUGUGGACUUUACAUCAUUUAGAAGACAAUUCCAAGCAUAGAAAACAGUAUAGAAAUUUUAUUGCUGCCCAACUGAUCUCCCUAGAAACUAUAACAUUUAGCAUAUAUAUACUUUAGCAUACUUAGCAUAUCCAUAUGGGUGGGAGUAAAUACAAUAGAGUGAUUUUAAACUGUAGGUCAUGACUCAGUGAAUUAUGAAAUUAAUGAGUGGUGAUCAGAAUUUUUUUAAUGAAAUAUAAUUUUCAAAUGAUGUUCUAGAAUAGAAAUUAACAGAGAGCAUCAUAUAUGGUGGUGAGAAUAUGUUUCACAAACCGUAUAUUCAUCCUAGACCACAAUGCAAAAUAUAUUUCUUCUGUGAGACACAGUAAAUCAGAAUGCAAGUUACUUGCAUAGAGGAUAAGAGCUAGAAUUUAGAUUUUGAAGACUUAACUACUUGGAGUUAAAUCCCAGCCUUGCCCUUUACUGGCUCUGUGACCUUGGGCAACUUACUUAUCCCCUGUGAGCCUUAAUUUCUUUAUCUAUAAAAACAGUGGUGAUAACAGUGUCUAUAACCCUAGUAACAAUGCCUAGACAAUUGUAAAUGUUUGAUCAAUAUUAUCUAGAAUUUUAAAAAGAUGGCCGAGUGGGAAGGCAAGUUGGAAAUCUCCCAAAAACACAUAAAAAUAGAAAAUAGAGCAAAUACAAUUAAACCUGAAAAUGAUCUGAAGACUGCAGAACAGACCACCUACACUUGGGGAAGAAGAGAAGACCACACAGAAAAGAGAAAAGUGGCAGAGCCACCAUCUAGUGGGAUCCAAGCCCUCCCCCAAACCCAGCCCACAGGCAAGAGAAAGAGGAACAGAGUGGAGAGAGGAUAGGAGCCCAGGAACACUGCACACAUGGCCCUGGAGAUCUGCUCUGGGAACACAAGUCCACAUUACACUAGGUUUCUGGUGAAUCGCAGGGCUGGACACAAGGGACAGCUGGAAC